GGGUCAUGUGACUGCGUGGUGGCUUCCACACAUGCAUUGUCUGGAGGCUGGAUGUGGGCAGUGUUCAGAUGAUAGAAAUGGUAAUUCUGAGAGGAUGAUCGUCAAAAAUUGACGAUAGGAGGAAAGCAGAGGAUAGCAGGGAAGCAGAAUGACUAUGGAGUUGAAGUUACACAGCCCGGUUGGGGCGGAACCAGCUAUUUACACAUGGCCUUUGCCAGCGGUGGACGGAAAGGACGGUAGCCAUGAAGUCAUUGAUACUAUCAGGUGGGUCUGUGAAGAUUUUCCAGAGUUGAAGUGUGCCAUGGAAAACCAUGUAUUCAAAGACUGCAACUUGAAAAACUUUGAAAGUAUGAAGAGUUUAUGUGAAAAAUAUAACCGGGCCAUUGACAGCAUACGGCAACUGUGGAAAGGAACUGCCCACCAGUUUGAAAUGCAGCAAAAACGUCCAUCUCCUGGCCUUCUGAGGCACAUUGUGCAGCAGUGCUACAACCGGGCUGUGUUAGACCCAGAGAAGUUAAACCAGUAUGAACCUUUCUCUCCAGAGGUUUAUGGGGAGACUUCAUUUGAUCUCAUUCACCAGAUGAUUCAGUCCAUCAAUUUUACUGAAGAUGAUUACUUCAUUGAUUUGGGGAGUGGGGUAGGCCAGGUAGUUCUACAAGUAGCUGCAGCAACCCCCUGUAAAAUGUGCUAUGGCAUUGAAAAAGCAGAUUGGCCUGCAGCAUAUUCUGUGUCAAUGGAUAAAGAAUUCAGGAAGUGGAUGAAGUGGUAUGGAAAGAAGCACAGCAACUACCUGAUUGAAAAGGGUGAUUUUCUUGAGGACCACUUAAAAGAGAAGAUUAACAAUGCAACGGUGAUAUUUGUGAAUAAUUUUGCCUUUGGGCCUUCAGUAGAUCAUCAGCUUAAACUACGUUUUGCCAACAUGAAAGAAGGUGCUAAAAUUGUUUCGUCCAAAGCCUUUUGUCCCCUAAACUUCAGGAUAACAGAUAGAAAUCUAGGUGACAUUGGCAGCAUAAUGCAUGUUACAGAGCUGUCUCCUUUGCGUGGUGCUGUCUCAUGGACUGGCAACCCAGUCACUUACUACCUCCAUGAAAUAGAUCGAACUCUGCUUGAGAAAUAUUUUCAAUACAAGAAGGAUCCAAGGGCAGCCCGAGCUGAUAGUCCCCCAAGACGGAAUAGAAGAGGAUUACCAGCCAAAAGCCUCAGGGAGAGUGAUAUGCUGAAUUCAGUAGAUGAAAACAGCAAUUCUAAUUCCACUACUAACAGUCAGGGAAGUAUGAGAAGGGAGAGAAGGAAGCAUCUAGACCACAACUACCAAGUAGCAAAAAAUUUGAACUUUGAUGAAAUUGACGACGAUGAAAAUUCUAAUGGUGUGAUUACAAAAAAGAUGCAACGAAGAAUUCGCCAUGCUGCAACCAGGAACAGUGGCAGAGUAGAGAAGCACAGCAGGAGAGCACAUGCCAGGGCAUCUGGUAAACAGAAUGUGUCCUCUACAAAACACAGUAGUCGCAAAGAAAACAAAGCCAAAGCCCUGGAAAAUCUUGACCUGUUGCAUGCUCACACGGUGUUCAGUACAUCUUCACCACCAGACAAAGUGGCUCAAAAUGUGAAUAAGUAUAACGAUGCAAAGAUGAUCAGCUCAGGGAGCUGUUACUCAUUUUCUCCCCCACCACCCAGUGUUCACCAACUGCCUGACCUCCCAGAACCUCCAGAGUUACAGCAAUUCCUGGAUAACAUAAGGCAGCAAUACAUGAACUUUCUACGCUAUAUGAAAACACCUCGAUAUAAGUUAUCGCUCAAACAACAAAUUGAUAAAGAAAAGGAACGAAAUACAGAUCUCAAAACUCGGGCCAAUCAGCUGGAAAAGCAAAUAAGCAAACUUCAGCAAGAGAGUGUAGGAAGACUAAAAGGAAGGCUUUCAGAGUUGGAGAUAAAUGCCAGCACCCCAUCUGACUUCCUAGCCAAAGCCAAGGAGAUCGUCAUCCGCCACAAGGAGCUUGAAAAUGAGGCAGCUACUCUUCAAGGAGUUGUAAAUGUUCUUGAGAAUCAACAACAGAAACUGCUGGUUGCUCACCAUCAGCAGUUACUGGAACAGACAAAGAAGACUGGUAAAGAGAAUGGGAUGAAGGUGGACCCAGCACUCAGCCAUGACUAUUUGCUGAAAGAGCUUGCAACUUCAUUCAACCACAAGAAGGAUCUGAUAACACAAGCUAGUAAACUGGAGGCGGACGUGUGGGCUUUGGAGAAGUCCAAGGACCACAGUCACGCCAGCAGAUUGAAGAACUCCCCCAGACAUCUCACCACCCCUAUGACAGAAUCCAUUUUCCUGACGGGUAAGACCGAGUUGGACAACAAGAGUCUCAGAGACAAAGAUAUUCGAUUGACAAAUCAUAGUUUCGAUACGAAGUUGCACAACAUCAUAAGUUCUGCUCUGAAUACAAAUUGUGAGAAUGAUAGUGACCGAGGCAGACACCACUCAGGAAUGUUGGGAAUGCCGUCUGCAGUUAACCCUUUGUUGUCAGGUCUAUCUGCAGACCAAGUUUCUUCCAAGGCAGAUUAUUUAGUAGAGAAAAAUGGACUUGAAAAACAAGCUGUGGCUGGUGGCACAGGGAUGAAAGAAAAGGACCAUAUGAAAUUUAGCCAUCAGAGUAAUGGGUAUGUGCACAUACCUGUUAAUAAAUUAGAAGAGGCAGAGUUGCAUGUUAAAUUGGAAAGAUCAUUCGGUGUACAUCCACAACAAGAUCACUUAAAAUCUGACCUGCGUGGGGACAUUGUACCAAAAUCUGCAGUCCCAGCCAAUAUGUUGACACAGGCUGCUAGAUCCAGCCCUACAUUGUUAGAGAGAAGCACUUACUCUCCCAUCAGUCGGCCUAGUAGCUCUAGCAGCACUGAGUCAGCAGAAUCUGUGAAAAACCUCUACCAUGGAGCCCCAGAACCCUUGAAAGGAAAUAAUAGUUCUUCGGGUUUAUCGUUCAAGAUUGAUAACCUAAUGUCAUCAGAGACAGGGAGGUCAGACUCGAGUCCAUCGUCAUCACGACCCAUGUCAUCUCUCAGUGUUAGCAGCUUGGCAUCGAAAGAUUCUAGAGAGAGUCAGCUGACACCAUUCAGCAAAAUGUCCUAUUUGCCACCAAGUACUGUUGGUAAUCUACCCUUGUAUGGUGGAAUAGCUAACUACCAUCAGCUUGCCAUGUCUGCAAGUGGUUUGGGAUUAUCUAUGCCAGCAUAUCAAUUCCCCAAAUUUGGGAACAGUUCUGACUCUGUUUUAUCAAAAAGUCUACCAGGAAUAUCUUCUGUAGGUGGUCUCCAGGCUUUUAAUUUUACCUCUCCACAAGCUUUUGCUGGAUUGAAUGCUUAUGUCAACCCAUAUGGUGGUCUUGGGCUGAAUUUGCACUCUGACAUUUUACCAAAGAGUCCUAAGGUUCCUUCAAAAAAUGAAGAAAAACCGAAAAAGCCUAAACGCAAAAGGGGAAGUUCAAAAACGCCUGGAGACACUCCACCCAAAAAAAUGUGCUCAAAAUCACCAAAUACCUCAUCUGCUGGGCAUGUGGAAGCUAAAGUAGUGCCUGUUAAAGUUCUAACUCCACCUUCAUCAGCAUCAUCAUGUGUGGAUACAGCCAGAGUGCAACAGACAUUUGCCAAGACGUCAUCACCCUCCACUGCUACAGCCUUGAUCACCAGCAGUAACAGUGCAUCCAUGUCACCUAUAGCAGCUAUGGUAAAUAAUGCCUCACAACCAUUGCCCAUUUCGGCUAUCCCAUCACCAGUGUCCUCUGGCAAGUCUCCUGUUAGUCAAUCAACAGAUAGAGUCAUCGCUUCUCCAAAAGGCCACAGCUACAGCAUCCCAGCCAGUUUGAGCCAGAUUAAGUUCAGCAGUGGACUGGAAGCCUUGGCUGCUUAUGCUACCUGUGAACUGGACAGGAACCGAGAGAACAACACACCAGGUGGAGAUCAGUCUGUUUCAAGUUGUGAUUCAUUUCAGGGUAGUGGUGGUGGAAAAACUGACACAUCAAAUCAGGCCAGCUUACAACAAGAAGCGGCCAUUGAUUUAAGCAAAGCAAAUGAAAAAAUUAGUCAAGAUGGCAAGAAAUUAGACACUGAUUCCAGCACUUUGAGCAGUAAUGCUUCUUCUCGGGAGCUGGGUAUGAAAUCUCGGGGGCCAUGCACCCCUCCUGGUACUCCUCCCCCAUCACCCCCAAAAUCCCCCAAACAUCAUCGAUCCCCCUCUUCUCCAGGCCCCAGAAGCAGGAGCCGUAGUAGCAGUGUUGAUAGCCAUGGCUCAGGUCAUCAUGCACGGCGAGACUACAGGAGAGACAGGGACAGAGAUAGGGAUAGGGAUAGGUCACAUAGCAGAAGAAAGUAUUCUGAUAACCGAUCAUCAAGCCCCACCGACUUUACAUCCAAUUAUGACAGGCAUUUUAAAAAGAAGCAUUUUAGUAAAGAGCAUAGUCGAAAUUUUAACAAAAAUUAUAAUCACCAGUGGAAAGGAGAUGGUGGAGGGUUGGGCAAUGGGGGGAUGGGGAAUUCUGGAACUUUUGGGAAAUUUCGACCAAAAGGAAAGUUUUGGGACCACACAAAGCAGACUUUGACUACACAAGGCAGUGGGUUUGUUUCUGGACAACAACAUCAGCAACAACAAGCAUGCAACAGUGGCAAUAUGGGUUCAGGAAAUGGAAACUUUCAGCAGAACAGUUAUGGUGGAAACAUGAAUAACACAGACAGCUAUGGUCCUAACAAAGCUAUUCUCCUAGGAGGUGGUGGAAUUCUCACUAACAGUCCUGGACAAGGGAAUUUUGGAGGCCCACCUAUCCCUCCUGGUGGUUUUCCUGACCUGUCUAAGCCACCACCCCUGCCUGUCCACCCAGGUAACAACAAAGGUGCCCCAACAUCUUACGCUUUGGGACCAGCGCGAUCAACAUCUUUACCUCAGCCGCUUUUCACUUCCACCGCGUCUUGCUCUAAUAAUGCCAUGCAGCCUGUGAACUUCAAUCAGCCGCCCCCACCACCUCCUCNACUCCUCCUCCCCCACCACCCCCUCUGCCACCCUCUGGCCCUGGGUCAGCUCCCAAUAACAGUAUGGUUCCCCCAAAAGGGAUGCCCAGAAUGGAGGGUCCACAGACUGCAGACAGAAUGAGAUUUGAUGGACAACCACCUCAUGAUAAAAAUAGAUUCAGAUUUGAAGAGCACCGGCCUCAGGGCCCAAGGUAUGACACAGCCAUACGACCCCAGUGUGAUGGCCUGCCAAGAGGCUCAGGCCCUGCUAGGUUUGAUGGUCUACCACACAGGUAUGAUGGGAGAAAUAAUGGCCCAAGGUUCGAUGGUGGUCCUAGGGAUGACUGUGUAAGGAUGAAUGGACCAAGGUUUGACGGUGGUCCCAAAAUGGAUCACUGUAGGUUUGACAACCCACGGAUGGACAACAUGAGAUUUUCUGGUCCUAGAAUGGAUGGCCCCAGAUUUGAUGGCCCCAGAAUGGAAGGAAAUGAUCUUGGCCCUUGCCACUGGAAUAGUGGACCCAGAUUUGACAGACCACCGAGGAUGAAUGGGCAACCCGUGUUCGAUGGACCUCCACGGAUGCCCUUUGAUGGACCUUGUGUCAAUGGACCUCCCACAACUCCUGAUGGUCCACCUAGGAUGAAUGGACCUUCUUUUGCCGGGCCUGGGUUCUCAUCAUUUGUUGGACCAUUCAAUGGCAACAGACCCGGUUUUGAAGUCAAAUGAUGACCACAGUAUGCUAGGAUAUAUCGACUUUUAAACAGACCCUGAGAUACUAAAAGCUAUAGACGAUUGUUCAGACAAAGUUCAAAAUGUAUGGAAAUAUAUGGGUAAAAUUCUUGUAUCAUAGAGUGGACAUUGAAAAAAAGUUGUAUUGCUGUCCACAAUGCAAUAUGGUGUUGCUCAUAGUUAAGCUUAUAACUCUUUCAACAGUAGACAGAUGCAUUAUUAUAGUUAUUAUUGUAAACUCAGAAAGUGACGUUUUCAAAAAAAUGAUUUGCUACAAUAAAACAUUUAUUGACUCUUUUUAGUAAAUUAUAAGUUUUUUCCUAUGACAUUAAAACUAAUAUUAAUUAUAUAACCUGCAAAGUGAAAUGCAGUAGGUUUUUUUAUGGAUGUGUGUCCAUUAUAAUGGUCUCUAUGCUGAUAAGUUAUGACAGUAGAACACAUUAAGUAAUUUAUUUAGAAGUUCAUACUAAUUAUAAUAAAGAAGUUUUAUAACUCUUCAGGAGUUGUAUGAACACAAGACUUUUAUGACCACUCCGAUAUUCAGAAUGGAACACGUUUGAUGUUUCUGUCUUCUCUAGUGUUAGCAGAUGUAGUAAUAAUGAUCUCUUAUGCCAGGUACACCUUUUUCAUUUCCUUAAAGGUAUUUAUUAAGUUAAACGCGGGUGUGUAGGCUGAUUGAGAUGCUUUAUAUGUUGCUACUGCUAUUAAAUUCAGGGAAGUUCUAUCUGGGUGCUGCUGUUGCAGGGACCAUGUCAGCUUCCAUGUUAAUAAUAAUACUAAUGAUGAUGAUGAUGAUGAUGACAUUAAAUCACUGCCCUGUAGUCUACCAGGUGAUGGCAGCCGUCCACCCAGAAAGUGUCACAACUGUGUGCAAAAGUUUGAUAUUGGUCUCCAAUUUAUGAGUUUUACAUGCUUGUGAGACUUUUUUCCACCUUACUGGUGUGGGGAUGACCCGGCAUAAUUGUUGAACUGAUGAAGAAAAUUAUGAUCUCAAAAUGAAAUUCCUCUGAAUGUUUUGUGACUGUAGCUUUAUUCACAUCCGUGUGUUGCAUCUCUCUGGCAGUGUUUAGGAACUUUUUGUGUGCUUCAGUAAUCCAUUCUACUCCACUGAAGAGCUGGGAUUGGCAUGUUUAUUAUUUCUAAGCAAAAAAUAUAAUAUUCAAUGUUUGGCACCACUUGUUUUGUAUGUUUUUUUCUAGAACUUACAGACAUGCAGCUGCAUUCAUUUUAUUAUUUUUUUCAUCUGUGUUUAAUUGGACUUUCAAGAAGCAAGCCACUGUCAGUUAGAUAAAACACUAUCUCGUUUUUCAAACAAAAACAAUGUCAGCACUUUACAGGAAUGUAAUUUAAUCAACAGAGGAAUUUCUUAAUAGUCGAUGCAUAAGUGUUGAUUCAGGGGUAUUCCAGAUCUCAGCUGUAACAGAUGCUGUUCUCCUCUCACUUUCUACACAGAGCUCAACACACCCAGCAAUAAUUCUGUGCCACUGUGAGAUGGUCAUGGGUUACCUCAACGAAACAAAUGAGUUCACUACGAAGCAAAGUUGACCAGUAGACCAUUGUAGAAAGACUGUAGCAGCUUUGUGACAGUGAGACAGACCUGUUCACAAUGGCAUCAUUACAGAAAACCCCCCAGGAAGAUACUCGUCCAUUUCAUAUAUGCAUCUUGAGAAUGUUGACAUAUUGUUGCAUCUGACAUACUAAGUAACAUACGAUGACAUUUCUGUAAUAUAUAUAUGAACUUGAUUGUUGUGACUGUAUAGCUCAGGAAGUGAUUGUUUAAAACUGCACUCUAAUAUUCACCUUAAUUGAUGUAUAUGAAUUUUGACCUGAAGUCAGUGCUACUUUUUACCAUUAGCUAGAUAAUGAAUGGAAAUUAGCAGAAUAUUUAUGUCUUAUUCUGGUGUAGUCACAUGAUAUUGUGAAGCAAAUUUUAAAGUGUUGAAGAAACAACAUUACCAGUGUUUUAGAAACAGAAGGGACAAAAUAGAGGGUUAGACCAAAGAAAUGCAUGAAGAUAGUAGGUAGGUUUAAAUGCAAAGGUGGAUGAGAGUUCAAACUUAAUUUCAAACUAAUUCAUGUUGGGGUGGUUUGCAUGGCACAUUUAUUUAUUUAUUAAAGAAAAUUUCUUACACAGUUUGUUAUUAUGAGCUAAAUUGUAAACACUUUCCUUAUGUAUUUUAAGUAGAUGGUUAUAGCCGCCUUGAUGAUUGAUGUCUGAAUAUAUAGGUGGUCAAAUAUAUCACAUAUAUAACAUAAUAAAAAAGCUAGGGGACAUUCCCAGCACAUGGGUUUGUGAUUUUUAUUGCACUGCCAUAACACUGCCAUUUGUGUUAUCUUUACGAAACUUGUUAUGAUAAACCAGGUCAAUUUUGGUAAUUUUAUAUCCAUGUAUUUAGAGUUAAAAGUACUGGUAUUUUAAAAUAUUAUGUAGAGUAAUAUAUCAGUAUGUUUAAAGUGAUAUAUUAAAGGGCUUGAGUUGAAUUAUUGCCUGUCACAAGUGUAUUUAGUACUAGAGAUUGCUUCGAGAUUUAAAUGGGUGUCUUUUUAUGUGCUUCAGAUUUGAUGUUGAACAUCUUAAUAAAUUAUCAUACACGUCUAAAUCUAUAUUUCAAUUUGUAUAUAAAGAAAAUCAGUUAUUGUGUUUUAUUUGAAAUUUCUCAAACUAUUAUUUUAGUAAAAAGUAAGUGUAAAUAGAGUGGACACUUGCCUUUUCAACACUAGUCUCGGGGCAUAGUAUUAUAUUGUGUACAGAAAUAUCUAUAAAAUUGUACAACUAACUUGCAAAGUAGGAACCAUGACUAUAAGUUUUCUUACACUAGUUAUUUUAUUGAAAUAAACUCAUUUAACUGUUAAAAUAUUACAAAAUACAAGCAGAGCACAGCAUACAAGUUAUUCUUUUGAAAUUCUCUAUUCUUCCUUUGAUUUUUUUCCUUUGAUGAGUUUGAAAGAUUGUCUUUGAAAUAUGUUGUAGAUGUAUUAACAUGCUCAGAAUGGUAAUUUUGUAUUUGCUUUUAAGUAUUCUUCUAAUGUUAUACAUGUAUUGUUUCCCAAACUUUAGGUUUUGUAAUAAAGUGUGUAUAAUAAGUCAA